GAGACGAAAAUAUUCGAACUUUGAAGCCAUGGAUUUGAGCGGAGCGAAGGCCGCCAAGUCGAGAUUCAAGAGGGUGUGCGUGUUCUGCGGAAGCAGCACCGGGAAGAGGAACUGUUACAAAGACGCUGCUCUUGAGCUGGCCCAAGAGCUGGUAGCGAGAAGGUUGGACCUCGUGUAUGGAGGGGGAAGCAUUGGGUUGAUGGGUCUGGUCUCGCAAGCAGUUCACCGUGGAGGAGGAAACGUUCUCGGGAUAAUCCCCAGAACUCUCAUGUCCAAAGAGAUAACAGGCGAGACUGUGGGAGAGGUGAGGCCAGUGGCUGACAUGCACCAGAGGAAAGCAGAAAUGGCUCGCCACUCCGAUUGCUUCAUUGCCCUACCAGGUGGGUACGGGACUCUGGAGGAGUUACUGGAGGUCAUAACUUGGGCUCAACUCGGCAUUCAUGACAAGCCUGUCGGGUUGCUGAAUGUGGACGGGUACUACAACUACCUCCUCACAUUCAUCGACAAGGCAGUGGACGAUGGCUUCAUCCAGCCAUCUCAGCGUCACAUCAUAGUCUCCGCACCGAACGCCAGGGAGCUCGUCCAAAAGCUGGAGGAGUAUGUGCCGGUUCAUGAUGGUGCCAUUCCUAGGGCAAGGUGGGAGGUUGAGCUCGAGCAGCAACAGCAGCAGCAGCAGCAGCAGCAGCAGCAGGUGGUGGUGUUGAAUACCGCCAACCUGCAGACUGAGAUCGCUCUCUGAAAGAGUAGAGGAAAAAGGACUGUUUUUGGGGGGGACUCUGCUAACUUCUUCUCAGACUGAGCUGAUUGAAUCACACUGAUACAUCAUACCAAGCUGAUCUCUUGUGCCGACUAUGCUAAGUUUAUGGUUGGGCGAUUAUGCGAUAUAUGGCAAAAUAGGAGGAGGAAAAGAAAGUCAGGUCCUUUUCUUUUGCACUUGAAAACAUGGAACCUAAUGAUAGUAUUAUUGUCUUUAGUCUCUUGGGCUUGUAUUUGAUCC